AUGGCAGGUGAGAUCGCCAAGGCUCAGGUCGCUCGGCCUGGUGGCAACACUGUCUUCGGGAAGAUCAUCUGCAAGGAAAUCCCAGCCAAAAUCAUUUUUGAGGAUGACCAGUGCCUUGCUUUCCAUGACACUUCCCCUCAAGCACCAACACAUUUUCUGUUGAUAUCGAAAAAACAUAUAUCCCAGAUUUCUGCAGCAGAAGAUGAUGACGAAAGUCUUCUUGGACACUUAAUGAUUGUUGGCAAGAAAUGUGCUGCUGAUUUGGGCCUGAAUAAGGGUUAUCAAAUGGUGGUGAAUAAAGGUUCAGAUGGUGGACAGUCUGUCUAUCAAGUUCAUCUCCAUGUUCUUGGAGGUUGGCAGAUGCAUUGGCCUCCUGGUUAA